GCGGGGAGGGGGCCCUGGCGGAUAAAGAUGGCAAUGUCUCUCAUCCAAGCGUGCCGCAGUCUGGCUCUCUCAACAUGGCUGCUUUCCUUUUGUUUCGUGCAUCUGCUCUGCCUGGACUUCACCGUGGCCGAGAAGGAGGAAUGGUACACCGCCUUCGUGAACAUCACCUACGCCGAGCCCGCGUCGGACCCUGGGGCGGCGGGCGGCGGCACCGAGCUGCGCUCGGAGAAGACGGAGUGCGGGCGCUACGGGGAGCACUCGCCCAAGCAGGACGCCCGCGGGGAGGUGGUCAUGGCCAGCUCUGCCCACGACCGCCUGGCCUGCGACCCCAACACCAAGUUCGCCACCCCGGCCCACGGCAAGAACUGGAUAGCCCUCAUCCCCAAGGGCAACUGCACGUACAGGGAUAAGAUCCGGCACGCGUUCCUGCAGAACGCCUCCGCCGUGGUCAUCUUCAACGUGGGCUCCAACACCAACGAGACCAUCACCAUGUCCCAUGCAGGUGUAGAAGACAUCGUGGCCAUAAUGAUUCCUGAGCCAAAAGGGAAGGAGAUCGUCAGCCUGCUGGAAAGAAACAUCACCGUGACGAUGUACAUCACAAUUGGAACGCGCAACUUGCAGAAAUACGUGAGCCGCACGUCAGUUGUGUUUGUCUCCAUCUCCUUCAUCGUCCUGAUGAUCAUUUCCCUCGCCUGGCUCGUCUUUUAUUAUAUCCAGAGGUUUCGAUAUGCAAAUGCCAGAGACAGAAACCAGCGCCGACUGGGAGAUGCCGCAAAGAAAGCAAUCAGCAAACUCCAGGUCAGGACCAUCAAGAAGGGUGAUAAGGAAACGGAGUCCGAUUUUGACAACUGUGCAGUUUGUAUCGAAGGGUACAAGCCCAGCGAUGUUGUCCGGAUCUUACCCUGCCGGCAUCUUUUCCACAAGUCCUGUGUUGACCCCUGGCUUCUAGACCAUCGCACCUGUCCCAUGUGCAAGAUGAACAUUCUUAAAGCCCUAGGGAUCCCGCCCAAUGCCGACUGCAUGGAAGACUUGCCCACAGACUUCGAGGGGUCUCUGGGAGGCCCACCAACCAACCAGAUCACAGGCGCAAGCGACACCACCGUAAAUGAAAGUUCCGUCACUUUGGACCCUGCUGUGCGGACUGUGGGAGCUUUGCAGGUGGUCCAGGAUACAGACCCCGCCCCGCAGGAGGGAGAAGUCAUCUUUUCUACCAACAGUGAGCAGGAGCCAGCUGUCAGCAGUGACUCUGACAUCUCGCUGAUUAUGGCAAUGGAGGUUGGACUGUCUGACGUAGAACUUUCCACUGACCAAGACUGCGAAGAGGUGAAAUCUUGAAAUGGCGAAUCCAGAAAAAAAGGGCUGGUAGGACCCCAGGCGAAGGAAGGAAGGCGUGCUCCGAGACAUGGACUGGGCACACACACUUCCCAAACACCUUGGCAUCUCCAGGGUGCUCCGCUCAAGAAUGGUUCUGAAAAGCAAUAUCCAAAGUCACAUCGAUCAGAUGCAGUGUCUCUAUCUCUACAAUGGCCUUGGCGACUUGGAAGUCAAAAGCUGAUUUUCCUUCCCACAUCCUUGUAGACACACUUCGGAAGCUCCUAAAACAGACUAGAAGGAGACUUUUAGGACUUCUAAGAUUCAUUUCAAUUUUCUCCAGGUCUUGUUGUCUUGUUUUGGAAUUGCUGUUUGAUUUCUUUGGCCAUUUCUUUUUAAAGACUGUGUGUAGCCUCCUCUAGGUCCAGUCCUCUGUUUUCCUUUUGGCUCGCUCCAGUUUUUACAUAGAGUUCUGUUUAGAAGCCCCAGUUCCUGAUGUGAUCGGUUUAUAUUCCAUCUCUGAGAUGAAUGGCCUUGACCUCUCAGCAUGAAGUGCGCAUGGCUUUGGGAAGUGCUUCAGCACCCUGAAACAGUUGAAGGCCAGUUUUCAUUAAGAGUCUACAUUCUUUUAAAUGGAUCUUGGAAACCCCCGCUGCCAGAGACCCUAACUCUAAGCUCAGAACCUGCCGAGGCCAUGGCUUAUUAGCUUCAGCUACGUCACACUGGCUUCCACUUGCCAGGCUCUGGUGAGGGCCCACGUGACAGGAGAAGGACGCUCUAGAGAGGCACUUUAAUUUGUCUGGAUCUUACAGCCUUUGGCUGAAAUUCCAAACUGAGAAGUCCCCUCCAGGGCAUCAAGGCCACUCUUGUUGGCUGCAGGGCUUGUAGCUGGGACUGUGAGCCUCCCUCGUUUGAGACCAGAUAUCCCAAAUUCUUCCUGAAAGCAAAAUGUCUGUUGUACUGGCUUUCCCCAGGCUAGAACAGGCUCUGUUACCUCAAGUGGCUUCUACAAGAGAUGGCGGCUUCGUAAAAGGUCCAAUCAACUUUGAGUCCAGUGUCCAUCACAGUGGAGGCUGCAGCAGCACCUAGGUGGUACCCUAAUUCCAACACACUCCUGUUACACCUCCCAGACUUCGAGGAAGGACUCAAGUACACCGUGGCAAAUUGCCCCUUGAGUGCAUCUAGAUACCAAGUGAGGAGGGAGGUGUGAUCUGAUGAGCCCUUUGGUCUAGAAAGCACAGCCUGGGAGUUGGUUAAAUGAAGUUUCUCCUGACUGAGAGAGACAAAGAGGGAAAGGAAGAGAGGUAGCAAGUGAGUACUACAACCUGCCGGCGUUUUGAGACCGUUUAUGUUUAUAUUAUUUUUUUGUAACUAUGACAGACAUGUGCUAUUUUUUUCAGUGGGCAAGUUUGUGAUGCAUUUUGAGCCUCCCGAUGCAGACAGGACUGAGGUAGCAAAGUUUCUCUGGGCAGUCAAAGAUCAGCACAUCCUCUGUAAGGCCGUGAUGCCACGUGGCCUGACUUAAAAAGGAAGCUUUACUCCCUGAGUCCUCUACACAUCUGAUGAGGCUUUCCCACCUCUUUAAAUGAAUACUCAUCCGAAAACAGAGUUUGGUUCUGCCGUACAACUAUGCUGCCUGCUGAAGCGUGGAGCGCGUGGCAGGGGGGACCCCUGGCUGCUGUUUAUAAACCACCUUUAACCAUUUCCUAUUUGAUACUUUCUAAGUAGGCAACAAGGCAAGGAAAAUGAGGGCCACCUUCACAAAUGUCACAUCUCUGUAGGAGUCUAGCGCUUCCUGUAAUGAAAUCCCGGGAGGGAUGAAGACGGCGCUGAACCAGGAGUCAGGAGGCCUAGGUGAGCCACGUGUUAGCUGGGCCUCAAGGUCUCCGUCUGUAAAGGGGAGGAGCUUAACAAGAUGAUGCUCAAGGCCCCUUCUGGCCGGCAGGCCACCAGUGAGCAUUUUGCCAGGGGGAUCCAGUGUUUGCAGAGAGCGAUGACACGUAGCCAACUUUCCACCGUGGGGCGGCAGAGUUGGCUGGACGUGUGACAUAUAAUAACAGCUUUUGAGAUUUGGCAUGCCUAUGUUGCUGAGAAUGAAUAUCUCAGUGAGUGAAGUUUUAAGUCCAAGAAGGAGUCAUUUGGUUUUGCCUUGUUUUAAAACCGCUGUUGGUUAGAGAGUUUGCAGUCUCUGGACACCUUCAAAUCCUGGUUCUCAGUGUGGAAUUCUGACUCUCAAGAUGCUUCUGUUUCUUAGUCAGCAUAGGCCUGCAUCACCUACAUACUCCUUCAGUCAGCUUUGCCCAGAACAAACUCUGGUAUUAACUGAAGUCAAGCCAAAGUAGGAGGAUAAUGCAACAGCAAAAGAAAUACAAAUUGUGUUCCAUACCCAGAGAGAAAAUGCCCUUUAGAUUGCAUGGUCCUCUGUUUGGUGAGUGUUCUCUCUUCCUGCCAGUGACCAGGUAAAUCAGGAAUUGGUUGCACGUGGCUGCAGCAUCCUAUAGGAUGCUGCGUAGAUGAUGAGGGGUCCAGAUGGCCCAUCUGAAGCCUGUGGACCGACCCCACAGAGGUUCUGCUGCAAACCCCCUGAGCCUAGGAGUUUCUCCACUUACCAAAGGUUUGUUCCUAGAGGACUUUGUGACUUUGGUAGUUAAAAAGAAAGUUUAACCAGCAUGAAAAGGUUCACAAGACAUGGAAACAGCCCUUCUCCAAUGGCGUUCCUCAGCACCUCCCACCAAAGACCUGGGGACCUGGUGGUUCACAGAGGGUGUCAGAGGAUUUGGGAACCCUCUAGAAGUAUAUGCAAAGUUGAUGUGUAUUUGCAGAUGUGCAUUUUUCUAUCAUGAGUGUCUAGACCAGCACUGUCCAAUAGAAAUAUAAUGCAAGUCACACAUAUAAUUUUAAGCUUUCUACUGGCCACAUUAAAAAAAGCGAAAAGAAACAGGUAAAAAUAAUUUAAUAAUAUAUUUAUUCAAUCCAAUAUUAUUGUUUCAACAUAUAGUUCAUGUAAAAAGUAUUGGUGAAAUACUUCACAUUCUUUUUUGCACUUAGUCGUCUAAAGCCAUUGUGUAAUUUACACUCACAGCACAUCUCAAUUUGGAUGAGCUAACAAUUGGACAGUGCAGGUCUUGACCUUCUCCAAUAGUCUCACAAGAUUUCUUUGACCCUUACAAAGAAAAAAAGGUUAAAACCUAAUUACCUCCUGAAAGAACUAGACUUCGCUCGAGUCGCCUAAUGAGAGAGGCCCAGAGAUCCGUUUGUUUUGUAACGAAUAAAUGCCCAGGCCGCCCUUUUUGAAAUUUUCUGCUUGACCUUUCUAACCACACCACUGGUGUCCAUUUCCAUCUACUGUUAUUUCUCUGACCAGUUGUCUUCUAAAAAGUCACACAAACCAUGUUGAUUUGGUGCUGAAACAAAAUGACAUCCCUUACUUCUACAGCAAACCCUUAGACUGAUGUGGGGCACUCGGGAGCCAAAGAGAAUUCCAAACUGUAGUCUUUCAACUUUACCUCAACCCCUAGCUGUCCUUCUCGCUGAUUGGCACGUCUUUUCCCAGUCCUGGUGCCCCCUGGGGGUUUAGGAGGAAAAGGUGGGAAGUUAUAUAUUGACUCCAAAUGCAAGACUUUGUGUGGCCUUACUGAGAAAAAGUCUUUGGGGCUUGUGACCGUCCAGCCUCUACUUGGUGAAUUAUGACUGCCUGGCAACAGCCCAGCUCUCGACUUGAAGUCAUCACCCCCCCUCACCCCGAGGCUGCAGGUAAAAAAGGAGCAUUUGUAUUGCCCCAGAAUCAUUUAGAGUCAGCUCUAGGAAUGGCUACCUCCUCUGUGACUGGUCCCUUGGGGAGGAACUGAGCCCUGGUCGUGAAUAAGGUUUCUGAAUAUUGAUUUAGUCUCUAGGGUUUGGUUCACCCCUGAAAUGUCAACUGCAUCAUCUAGGCAGGAAGAGUGGAGACUUUGAGAAGGUAGAAAGUUACUAGUGGAAAAGGCACCUACCUGUUCUGACAGUAAGGAUCGUAGCCAGGGAGGCAAGUCUCUGUCCAAAGAGGCUUGUUUGUUUUGUCCUGUGUUCAGCAUCCUCAUUCUGGUGGAAACAUCUCUGGACCUCCAUGGGUCUGGAUUUGGUCAUAUCAAAAACCAUGGCACCCAGUGGCUAUUUCAGUUAGUGCCCUGGCAUCCCUGUGGCUGCCGUGCUUUGAGAAACUGAAAAUGCUGACAGAUAGCCUCACAUUGGACUUUUUCUUAUUUGCGAGUUUUGUUUAGAUGAAAAGUCUUACAGAGCAUACAAAAUAAAUGGCAUUAAGUUACCCAUUGAAUGUAUCACCUUGACUGAAAACAAAGAAAUUCCAUUAAAUCAAAACUCAGAAAAUCUGGGAUGGAGAGUUGUAUCCUCUAUGGAGUGAGGCCCCAGCCCUCUGUGAUACUAAGGUUCCUGAGGCGUUUUCUGGUAGAAUUUUUUCUACGUUCUCACUUAGAUUUUUUUUCCCUUUUCUGUCUCUAUCUCUGGUUCUCUCUGCCUGCCUGUCUCUCUCUUUGUACUCACACGCAUACACAUUCCUCUCCCAUCUUUCAGAACAAAAAACCUGGUGGCUCUACAUCUAUAGAGACAUCAUUUGGGUUGCCAUUGUUACCGUUGUUGGUGUUUUCUUUCUAUUGCGUGGCAAUAUUUAUUUUUGCACUUCAGAUGAGGAAAACCAGUUUACUAUAAAAGCAAAUUAAGUUCCUCUGUAAUGGAGCUAGCCGCAUUUUCACUUCUCUUGUCACUAAUUUUAUCACAGACCGUCUAUAGCUAUUGCCUUUUAUUCCAGGCUUCCUUGCCAGAAAAACCUCCUCAGUAAACAAUGGCAAGAUAACUCCAGAAUGCUGUCUAGAUUUAUUAUCUUCCGCCUCCCGCAUUGGUGAUCUUCCUGGUCCCCCCACAGGCCCCCAGGGUUAGGAUGUCUUAGAAACAUGUGUGGGCUGUUCGGUUCCCGAUGGCCACUCGUGCUUCUUAACAUCGUAGCACAAGAGCUUGCUCUUCGUAAGUGACCUGAGAGGCCACUGCUUCCUUAAGACUGAAAAAGAGAUGCAAAGAAGCCAUCCUCCUAAGGUAAGGGACACAUGGUACCUCAUGCACUGCUCUGUGUCCCGGAAGUCCCUCGUCCACGCUAUUGUAGGGCCAGGACUGAAGAGUACAUUUGGUGAUCGCAGUUAAAGGGCGGUACAAAUACUCCACUGCAGGGAGUCAGAAAACAGGACAGCAGGAUACAAACAUGGAUGCUCUUCCCAAAUAAAUGCUCAUCCCCUGGUUUAGAGCUGCCCUGGUUUCUCUCUCUCUCUCUCUCUCUCUCUCUCUCUCUCUCUCUCUCUCUCU